GUCUUCCUGAACAAUACUACAGCCUCACUUGGUUCCUCAGCCCCAUCCUGGGCUUGAUCUUCACUCCGCUUAUAGGUUCGGCCAGUGACCGCUGCACGCUGAGCUGGGGCCGCCGGCGGCCUUUCAUUCUUGCUCUCUGCAUUGGUGUCCUCUUUGGAGUUGCACUUUUCCUUAAUGGUUCUGUAAUAGGUCUGGCUAUCGGCGACGUCCCGGACAAGCAGCCCAUUGGAAUAGUUCUCACAGUGCUUGGUGUUGUGGUGUUGGACUUCUGCGCCGAUGCAACAGAAGGGCCAAUUCGGGCCUAUUUGUUGGAUGUGGUGGACAGUGAAGAGCAAGACAUGGCCCUUAACAUCCAUGCGUUUUCAGCUGGUCUUGGAGGAGCGAUUGGUUAUAUGUUAGGAGGGUUGGACUGGACACAGACCUUCUUGGGUGAUAUUUUUAAAUCCCAACAGCAAGUCCUUUUCUUCUUCGCAGCCAUUAUUUUCUCUGUCUCCGUUGCUCUCCACCUUUUUAGCAUUGAAGAAGAGCAAUAUAACCCUCAGCAGGACAGGAUUGAUGAAGAAGGAGACACCCUUUCCAGUGUCAAGCUCAGUGGUAGUCUCCCCCCUGUGAACCGACUGAAUGUAAUUAGUGAGGAAGAGCCGUAUGGAGCCUCCAUGUUCCACGAUGAGGUUCAGUCAGAGCAUGAUCUCAACAUGGAGUUCCUUGAGGUGAACAUUGUGAGAAGCAAGAGUGACUCUGUUCUGCACAUGCCCGAUGCUACAUUGGAAAUUGAAUCAGAGCUGCUGUUUCUGCACGACAUCGAGCCCUCCAUUUUUCAGGAUGGUUCAUAUCCAAACACUCCCCACAACACAAGCCAAGAGACCAUGAAGUCCAAACUCAACCACCUCUCUGCUUUCCUCAGGGACAGUGAGAAAGAGGAGGACAUGUUGCUUGAUAAUCGGUUGAACGACGAUAAAGUCCCAAACAUCAACGGCUCCCUACCAAAAGAGUUCCUCAACGGACACGCGCGGAUAGGCAUGAAGCAAUCCAGCACGUCGAACUCCAUGCGGCGGCGGCGGCACAUGUUCUACCGUCAACCAUCGUACACCUUCUCCUACUACGGCAAGAUAGGCUCCCACCGCUACCGCUUCCGUCGCGCCAACGCCAUCGUCCUCAUCAAGUCCUCCCGCAGCAUGAACGACAUCUACGACAUGCAGAAGUGGCAGCGCCAGAGGUGCAGGCACAGGAACCAGAGCGGCACGACGAACUCGAGCGGAGACACGGAGAGCGAGGAGGGGGAGACCGAAACCACCGUCAGGCUCUUGUGGUUGUCCAUGCUAAAGAUGCCAAAGGAGCUGCUGAGACUGUGCGUCUGUCACCUCUUAACUUGGUUUUCCAUCAUUGCUGAAGCUGUGUUCUAUACAGAUUUCAUGGGACAGGUCAUCUUUCAGGGCGAUCCAAAGGCCCCUUCUAACUCGACUGAGUUACACGCCUACAAUGCUGGAGUUCAGAUGGGAUGCUGGGGACUGGUAAUUUAUGCUGCUACUGCUGCUGUAUGUUCAGCCUUGUUGCAGAAAUACUUGGACAACUACGACCUUAGUAUAAAAGUGAUCUACAUCCUGGGCACGCUGGGUUUCUGUGUUGGCACUGCAGUGAUGGCUAUCUUCCCCAACGUGUAUGUCACCAUGAUAAUGAUCAGCACUAUGGGAAUAGUCUCCAUGAGCAUCUCCUACUGCCCCUAUGCGCUUCUGGGACAAUACCAUGAUAUCAAACAGUACAUCCACCACAGUCCUGGGAACUCCAAGCGUGGCUUCGGCAUAGACUGCGCCAUUCUGUCCUGUCAGGUUUACAUCUCCCAGAUCCUCGUGGCCUCCGCGCUCGGCGGCGUGGUGGACGUAGUCGGCACGGUCAGAGUCAUUCCCGUGGUGGCUUCGGUGGGAUCCUUCCUGGGGUUUUUGACAGCCACCUUCUUAGUGAUUUACCCUGAAGUCAACGAAGAGCCAAAGGAAGAGCAGAAGGGACUCGACCCUCCAAAGCCAACCGAGGCCAACGGCACGAGCACCGCGAAGCCGCCCGUGCUGAAGCUCACUCGCAAGGGAGACGCCGCGGCGGGGCUGGAGGGCGAGUCAGCCGUGUGA